GGGAAACGAUAGAAUUCACCACAAGAGGGAUUGGAGUGUAAAAAUACCGAAAAUGAUCGCUUUUUCCUCUGAAUUGCUAUAAUCAGAAGGUAAUCAUGGCUCUAUCUAGUCCAGAAUCACCUGUUCCGCCACGCCGGGUUGUAAUUAAUCGCACUGAAAACCCGAGCGAGGAACACGAGGAGCUGAACAAGAUGGCGCACGGCGUUGUGGCAGAAAGUCGAAGGUUUGUACUCUUGGUUGAGUUUUCUUUUAUGUAGCAAGGUUUCGCUUAGUUGUGUUAUUAUGGAGGAAACUUAUUUAACGUAGAUAAUUUACUGAAAUUUUAAAAGGUGUAUAUGCACACGAGCCCAAGCCUAGCUCUUGAUUUAUUACAUGGCCAUAUUCAUUGUUUCUAUUUUAUGUCCCCCCCACCACUCCCUUCCCCCCCCCGCCCCCUCGCUAAUCUCAAUCGAUGAGGUCUCAACAUGCGAUGCAUACCGGCAGCCUUAACUAACCUGUUGAUCAGUUGCACAGUACUGUUUUCUCAUUUCAUUUUGUUUGUAUAACCGCUUAUUUUACUCAUUUGACCUUAAGACGGAAUCCACCAGGAAAUUGAAUAAUUUUGAUUUCCAGUGGACAAAAACCUUGUACCAGAAUAAUUUAAAGCAUAUUGCAUUCUUUUUUACAUUUUUCAAGGGCUAAAGAUGUAAUUAGUCAUCUGUAAUAAUACCAAAGAAAAUUUCUUAUUGAAGCCCAAGAAAAUGAAAUGCCAAAUUUCACAAAAUUGCAUCUUUCACAUGAAAUUUUCAGAAUUAAAUUAAAAUUACUCAAUUUCCCGGUGGAUUCCGUCUUAAUACUUGAGCCUCUUUAUGGGUAUUUGCUGUAUUAAAUGGACACAAGAUUAUUCCUCAAGGGUCUCCAUCUAAUAUAAUCAAACCCCACUUUAUGGACACCCGCUUAAUAUGGACACCUCAUUAUUACGGACAGUUUGAUUUGUCCAUGGGGUAAGAAAGCCCUUACAUUUUCUCUAAAUUCAACCUGCUUAUUAUGGACACCCCACUAAUACGGACAUUUUCUAUGGCCCCCUUAGUGUCCAAAAUAACAGGGUUUGACUGUACUGGUUUCACAACAACAGCGACAACAACAACAACAACAAUUUUUAUUGUACCCAAAGCAGAAUAUUAUAGUUAUUUACAAGUUGUUAAAUUAAUCAAUUAACUAAAAGGGGUACUGACUUUCUGAAAUAACUAAUAAGUUUAAAAUGCCAAGAAGCCAGAUUGGGUGAUUCUAGAGAAUAUCCAUACCAUACCACGGGCGGCAUCUUGGAAUUCUGAGGGAGAGGGGGGGUUUCUUGCACUGGAAUUCCGAAGACGUGGGGGAGUAACGCAGUUUGGAAUUCCAAAGGCAUGGGGGGGUGUUUCAGCUCUGAAUUCAGUGAAUUUCCAGAGGAAAGACGGCGAAAGCUCCGCUUGAAAUCGUUGACCUGUUAACAUUCCCAGUUUGUAAAUGAAGCACGAACCGACCACGGAAGAAGUAUGCGUUCAUGCAGAUGGGUAAGCAGAUGGGUUGUGCAGCAAGCUCCACAUCAAAGAGGCCUUAAAGUUGAUGAAUUAGUCAAGUGAUUAAUAAAAAUAUAACCAAGUCAGUGUUUCUCGCCGAUCGUCGAUCGACGAUGUGUUGUUGCGUGCUGAAAACUCGCACCAGUCUCUCAUUUCCAAAUAGAAUGCCUGACAGAUUUUGUAUUUCACGCCGAUUUUCACGCCAACAUGUAUGAUGUAGGUAGUAAAAUCCGACAGCGUGCAACAUGGCGGGUGACGGAAUAUCGAUCGUAAACUUUACUCUUGUCAGCGUCCACUGGUAUCAAUACGAUCUACUCCUGAAAAUAUGACGGUAUUGAAUGGAAAACAAAAAGUUCUAUUAGGUGGUAAGCAGCUUAAAGAUAAUGCUUAGAAGGAAUAGCUACGGUGUACUAACGUUAACAAACUUGAGUUGCUUGAUCGUCUGACUGAAAAUUGUGAACAGAAUUCUUUUGCAGAGGGAAAAAGUGCAAGUUUCUCGUUCGUUUGAAGAUUUAGGCAGACGAACAGGAAUUCCAAAGGGUCUGAAACAAAAGUGGAAAAUUCCGGAGGAGAGGUGGGGUUAGCGAUUUUGGAAUUCGGAAGGCAAGGGGGGGAUAAGCAUUUUGGAAUUUCCGAGGGCAAGGGGGGGUUAAAAUACUCAUGCCACCCGUGGUAGGGUAUGGAUAUUUUCUGGAAUCACCCAUUCAGUAAAAUGAUUGAACUAAGUUUAUUGUGCAGAGUACAAUAUGGCAGCAUAUCAAACUGUAUACACACAAACACACUGAUAUACACACACACACUAGUGCAUAUUACCAUAAGAAGAGCGAAAAAUUAGGAUAGAAGUUACAAAGUACAAGAUAAUUGGCAAUAUUAGUGCAGCGAAAGAUAAUGUUGUUUUAAUUUUGAUUUAAAUUGAGAAAGAGAAACAGCUUUAAUCUUUUCAUCAAUUGAGUUCACUGUGGAUGUCUGACAACCUUUCUGGUUUGCCUGGCUAAAAUGGUAACCUAGUAGGACACAAUUAUGCCCUUUCUAAAAGGAAAAAAAAGUAUUUUUAGGCCUGCUAUUCCAAACCAACUGUUAACUCACUUUUGUAGCACAAUAUAUGCCAUGCCACAUCAAGCUGUUUAAAUUCCAUGGUUGUUUUGUUUACAGUGAAGAUGUCUUCUCAAGCUAUGCUUGCAACUCAUUAAAUCAUAAAGGAAUUAAACAUCAUCCGGGGGAUAUUGUAGAAGCUGGUUGCUUGGCGGUAAGUAUGUAUACGGCAUGUUUUUUGAAAUACAUGUACCAAAUUUGUCCCUAGUGUGGUUAAACAAGCAUUAGACCUUGUUUGAGUCAGAAUUUUCUUUGUUUCCUAGCCUCAACAAAGAGAAGUCAUUAUGUCAUGUUGCCCUGCUUACUAGCAAAAUUCCUGGAUCUCAGCAAACUGUGGCCCUGCAAUUACAUGGGAGAAAAAAAUAGGACUGUAUGACUUUCCUAUGAUUGCACUUAGGACCUUUCUUUCAUCAUCCAACAAUACAAAUCAUGAAAUGGCCAUUUCUGUCUUGAAAGAAGGACCGUUGAGAUCCAGAAAUCUUGUUACAUGAUGGUAAAGUGAUAUCACGCUUUUCCCAAUUAUUUUUAGGGGACAAAGAUAACAUUAUUCCAUUUUAUCUGAGAACAGUUUAUUCUCACAAUGUUCAACUGUCUGCGCUAUUGAUAUUAAUUUUUUGUUUUUAAAAAGGUUGUUUCAUUUUGCAGGUUUUACUGAUGAUUAUCUUUUUAAAGUAAAAUUAUGGCUACUGACUUAAUGUAUGUCCCCUCUCUUUUCUAGGCACAGCAGCUACCACAAGCUAAAUACCAGUUGUUUAAAUCGCUUCCACAAGAUUUAGUAGAGACAGGUGAUGAUAAUUGACAUAUUUACUUUGACCAACAUUCUGGUUAUUCUCUUGCUUCUUUAAGUCUCUGGUACUUGUGGCUCUCAAGUUCUCUUAGUUUCCUUUUCUCUGUGGCUCUCUGUUAUGCCUGGUUUUCCUGAUUCUCAUGGUUGGUAUUUCUCAUGGCUCUUCCUGUUGUCGUGGUUCUUGUACAUGUAGUUCUCCUCGGUUUUGUGAUCCUCCACAAGUACAUGAACCAGCCUCUGAGGACUACAAGAACCGCAGAAACAGGAGACCAAUGAAUCAUGAUGCCAAUAAGAAGUAGCAAACCAUUUUAAAUUCCAGAAUCAGAAGAACCCAUGAGACCAUUGAGACCCUGGCAAAAAAAUGAUGAUACCGAUGAAAAACAUGUGCGACCAUUCAAAUGAGACCUCUUCAACUGUACUUUCACAUGGCAUCAGACUAAAAAACUAAUGGUUUUUUCCACAUUUACGUGUAAAAACUCUUUAAAAAUGAAAGUUGAAAUUUUUGUUGAAUUGGACACUUGGGUCACUUCUUGAAAAGAAGGGGUUUACAUAUAGUUGGGCUUUACUUACAGCAGCUUUGCCCCCCUCCCCCCUCAUUUAAUCAGACACCAAAGGGACAGAACCAAGUGUUCAUUUUACAGAGCUGUCUGCUUUAAUUACUCAUGUAAAGUAAUAUGUAUAAAGUUAGAUGUCUUUAAGCUAUAUAUGUGCAAGACAGAGAAUUGUUGUGUCCAUUUGCACAUGGCUAAAAGUUUGUGUAACAACUCCCAACAACAUGCAACAACAUUGCAACAACAUGCAACAGGGUGUGCCAAUGGACGCAACAUGUAACAUUCAACAAUGUUGAGAGCUGUUGGCCAACAAUGUUGCAUCCAUUUGCAUGAGGCUGUAGGAUGAAAAGACCUUAUAGAGGUGUUUGCAUGGAGGCGUUUGAUCGUAUUUUAGGUGAUAAUUUUGUAAUAAUAUUGAUAAAGGGAAAUGUUGAUAAAGGGAAAUGUUGAUAAGCCUAUUUUUUUUUUGUUUACAUCAGGCAAACUAAGUGAUUUGCAACUGGAAGGAGUUUUGUAUGCUGUAAGUAUAAUUAUCACCUUAUUAGUAUCAAGAACUCUGUCAACAUUUGUCGGCUUUUGUAUUGCUCUUUCUUCUGUCCACGUAAAGCAUUUAAAGUAUUUGGGAAAAGAUGGAUUUCCAGCUAAAAAUAAAUUCAUUACAAAAAAGGCCCUUCCAGCUGCUGGGGAGAUGUGGUAGCAGAGAGUGUGUUAUUGCACAGUCAUGGUCUUGAGUAAUAAAAUCAAGUUAAACAGCAUGAAAAAUUCAUUUUAUAAACUGCUGUUGAUUUUUUUAAUAGUGUCAAAGACAUCAGAUGGUCCUUGCCAAUGGACAGAGAGCUGGAUUCUUUAUAGGGGAUGGUGCUGGGGUUGGAAAAGGAAGACAAGUGAGUACAUUUUGUUUUUGUACAAUUUCAUGCUGUUAAGUCGAUGAACUGUUGCUUUGUUUAUUUAGACAAAAAUCAAGAACAAUGGCCAUUUUCACUGAGGUGCAAAUUUACCUCAUUUUCAUGUUUGCAAAAGCACUUGCCUCGUUUUCAUUUUAAAACCAUGUGAUAUCACGUAUAUUUUCCAUUGCCUCCACAUUGCCUCCAAACCAUGUUUAACCACUCAAGAAUUGGAGUUGCUAUGGCAUUUUAUUAGUCUUUGAUCAGCUGGUAGGGUGUGACAGUUGGUACGGGCGUGCAAAAGAACAUGCAUGGUUGAUCAUACAACCUUGAAAAGGUCUUAAUUCUACUACUGUCAUCUUGAAAAGUCCUUGAAUUUGGUUUAGGUCCUUGAAAAGUACUUGAUUUCUUUAUUAGGUCAUAAAAAGUCCUUGAAAUUCACAACCUUGUCUACGCCAGACACCUUUUUCUGUAAAAUUAGAUUAUUUGCCAAGGAAAAUUCAGCUCAUCCUCGGUGUAGGAAUUGACAUGUAAAACUCACAGUUAACUAUGCUUAAUUUCUGCACCUCAGAUGCAAUUGCAUGUCAUACCCAGUCAUUUUGCAAAGUCUUGUUAUGGAAAGGAGUAUAAAAUAAUGUGAUCAAUGAUAUGGCCAAAGAAGUCAAAAUCGUAAAUGACUCCAUGACAUGUUUUAGCCAAUAGGGUGAUCAAAGGGGGUUAAAGAAUGCCUACGAUUUAACAGAAAUAUCGUAGUCCUGGAAAACUGUCAUUUGUCCUUGAAAAAUUCUUGAAAUGUCGUAGAAAUUUGUUUGUCUGAAGUUGUACAAACCUUGAAUAUAGAACUGUUUGACUUUAAGCCCAUUAAUUUUGUCGUCAAGAUUACACUCCAGUUGUUUUCUACUGUAGAUUGCUGGCAUUGUGUUGGACAAUUUUGCACGUGGAAGAUCCAGACAUAUAUGGUUUAGUAUUUCAGCUGACCUACGAUUAGAUGCCCAAAGGUGUGUUCAGAUUAUUUUUUAGCCAAAGUCUGAUUAUAAAUGUAUUCAAUGGAAUUUUGACCUUUUAAGUCAAUGAUUUUAACCCAUUCACUCCUGGGAAUUUUUCCAAAAAAUACCUUUUAAAAAGUCUACUCUCUAUGACUUAUUGGCAAGGUAGGUUUUAUUACAGAUUAGAAGUCAUAGACAGGAUUUUCUUUUUCAAAAUCAUCUUCUGGUCCCUCAGUCUAUCCUACAGGAUGCAGGCAGUAAAUUAUUUUGCAUCUUUGGAGAUCUGAUGCAUCAGGGGCACAGGAUGCACAGGCAGGGGUAACAAAAUCACUGCAGCAUUAAGUUCAUAAUACCACAUUUUUUUCGCACUUUUACAUGUAACCCAUUCACCCGCUAGAACAAAAUGGUCCAGGGGUAAUAUUGGAAGGAAUUCAGAAGCAUUUCCACAUCAAUAAUCCAAUAAAAUCGAUAAAAUCGGCUUUGGAUUUGGAUUCACUGAUUCUGGACUGUGACAGAUUUUUCAUGAUGUGAAUCCCUAUAGCAGUUUGUUACAAAAUCAGGGAUGCUGGUAAUUGCUCUCUCUCUCUGUAUAGCUGUAAAAUACUAUAACCCAAGAAACUGACAAAUUUCUGAUUGUUUUUCAUUUGUCAGAGAUUUACAUGACAUUGGUUGUUUUGUCAAAGUGAUAGACGGUUGUCAGCAGCUGGAUAAAGAAACCAGGUACAUGAACUCAAAUACCACGGGUAUUAUUUAGAGUGGGGCAAGAGGGCCAUGCCUUCCCCUGCCUUUUUGUCUAAAAUCUUGUUAAAUUUCAGAAAAAAUUCUCUCAACAUCUGUGUUCCAGAAUCUCAAUUUUUGGAUGAAAUGCUAUCAGAGUUCUCUCUGUUUUGGAAUUUUUUAAAUCUUUCUCUGAAUACUACAAGUUAUCUACACUAGCUGAUGUCUGUUGUUAUCAUUAUGUAACACAACAUAUUCUUGGACAAGGUACAUAAAUUCCUUUUCUUAAUAAUUAUUUUCUAAGAUUUCUUUUUCAAACCAAUCUGUGCAUGCAAGUUUCAUUAAUUUUCAUUUUCCUUCAAUUCAGGUGUAUUUUUCCCCAAGUGAUAAUCUGAUCCAAAAUGUUUCCAAGCCAACUAUUGCUUCCACACUGCCAUGGUAGCAAAAUUUCUGGGUCUCAACAAACUGUGGUCCUGCCAAUAUGGUGGGGAAAAAAACAACAAAAUUUUUUUUUUUGUGCAUUAUUGCACUUAAGAAUGAAAGGGUGGCUGGUAUUUUCCUUCCAUCAUUGGACAAUACAAAUGGCCAUCCGUCUCUGUCAAGGAAGAUUAUUGAUCCAGAAAUCUUGCUUCCACGGUAACAUGACAUCACACAUCUCUAUAUUAGCAAUAUUCUGUGAUUUAUUUGACAGUAAUAAUAGAUCAGUAGGAAUUUUAAAACAAAUCCAAUAACAUUGACAUUAUUUUGUUUUACAGAGUAUUUGGCUUACCUGCUGAUUUUAAAGAGGGUGUUGUCUUCAGUACAUACGCAACACUGGUGUCGUCUGUUCAAAAAGGUGAGUGUGCAGUGUGAAUGUCAUCUAUCACUGACAAUAGACAAGGUUCCUGUUUUUGUUGAUCUGAUUUGUUUUUUUUGACAGGUGCCAAUCGUCAAAGCAGAUUGCAACAGCUCAUAGACUGGUGUGGUGGUGAGCAGUUUAAUGGAUGCCUCAUAUUUGAUGAGUGUCAUAAAGCAAAGCAUUUUGUACCUGUAAGUGAUUUACAAUGGUUUAGCCCUUAUUCUUCACACUCAUAACUGCAGCAAAUACAUGUAAAUACAUAUUUAAGGCAAAAAACAUGGAUUAUUAGACCAAAACUCAUUAUUCAACUUAAGUUUAUUAGAAACUGCUACUGAUCAUCAUUGUAUUCAACUUGUGUUUUGAAUGAAAAGGAUGAGAGGACCACAGUUUGUAUUCCCUUUACAUUACAUACAGUUCACGUAAAGCAUGACUGCGCAGUGGGUUUCUUGAGAAUGCAAUUGGUCUUGUUACACUUUGAAUGCACAACCAUUACACUUUCCACACAUGCAAAUUGACACCAAUGAUGCAUAUUGACAGCAGAGACAGAUGUUACAAGUCAUGGAUUCAAUUAAGUACUCUGCUCACUGUAGCUUAUUUCAUUUUAGGGCAAAGAAGAAUCCAGCACAAAAGUUGCUCUUGCUGUCACAACAAUACAAAGGUAUGAUAAAGUUAUUCUACUUCAUUGUUGAAUAUCAAUUGUUAGCAUGUAAUUAACACUCUUAUGUAAUAAUUAAAGUACUAAUAAUUUUACAAUUUGAAAGAAGCAGGGAGCAGGGAUGGAGCAAUUGUGAUUGAGCACUUGUCUCUCACCAAUGCGGCUUGAGUUCAGUGUCCAGAGUUGAUGCCAUGAGCAGGCCCUUUGGGAGGGUGGGUGCGACAUGUGAGCUUGCACCCCCCAACAGAUCCAGAGGUCUACUUUUUAAAAUACAUAAAUAAAGUAGUCUCUGCCAAAAGUAUAUGUAUCAAGUUUGAAAUUCAAAAAUUUUGCGAAAUAUCCAAGAAUUGAGUCCGACAUGUCUAAUUUGGGUCGACCCAUGAAUUAAGUUCGAGUGGCCCACAUGGGAAUUUUUACUGUGGAGCAAACAUCAAAUUUUUCUUGUACUGAACCUAAUGUAUAAAUUACAGUAAUCUAUUUUCACUGUUAAAUAUUAAUUUCAGACCAUUAAACAUCGUGACAAUGAAUUGAGUCGGGCUUCUUAAGUUUGAUGUCUGAAUGAACCAACGAACUUAUAUCAUUUGGGACAACCUAAAUAGGUGUCAAGUUUGGUACAUGAAAAGUUUUACGUUUGAACUGAGCCUAAGAAUGCCACAGGUUUUCAGUUCUUGGAACUGACAAGUUUCACUCUCUCUAAAUAACAUAAGAUUGGUUUGGCUUUUUUGCCUGGCUUCUUCCUUAUCAGACAUACAGUGUUCUCCCUGAAUUUUAGCUCAGCUGUUAAGGGACCAUUCAUGGCCGGUAGGGUAAAAAAAAUGUGUGCUAGAGGGGCAUUUUCCUUGCGGGGAGGGGGGUAGUAGAAUGAGGGACAUGCCUUCUACCUCGCUGUGAAAUUUGGCAGCUAAGUUCUCUGAAAAGUCAUUCCCUCAUUUUUAAGACCUAUUUUACACAAGUUAGCCAUUGUUAUCUGUAGACAACAAUUUCACACAUUUGAUUGCAAUAAUUUUACUCUGUCUUCAAUGCCCUCUGGCCCAUAAAAAAGAAAAGUUGUGUAUACUUUAGUACACUUCCAAAUAUUCAUUCAUUACCUUGAUCUGAUCAGAACACAACUUUUUUUAAAAACAACUUAUUUAACUUUAGUAAACCUUCAAACAGUUGCAGUGAGUCAGUAAGAAGUGUUGCUUCAGAUGGUAAAUUUUACCGGUUACCGCAUUAUAAGGAGAACACCUGACAUAAGAAUUCAUCUUUAGGCCACAAAAUAGAAUUACCUUAAACAGCUGUAUGAUAUAGAAAAGAGCCCAAUUUUAAACAAAAUCCAAAACGAAAACUUCAAUUUGUUAACCUAUAACUUAUUAUGUCCUAUUUAUGUAUGAGCAGGGCAGUAAUUAAGAACUGGGGGCCAGGGAUUUCCCCCGGCUACUGUGAAUGUGGUCCCCAGCUACUUUCAUAGGAAAAUAGAAGAAACAGAACCAAAAGAAUUCCGUAGCUGUUUGAUUCCCUGCCUACUUGUUGUAUUUAUCCAACAACUUGAAAUCUCAGUGACAACCCAAUAUCAGUAAAUAGAUUUUUUUUCAAGAAAGAUUACAUAAAGUACUUGGGAGUUUAUAUAGAUAAACAUCUCAAUUGGCAACCACAGAUACAACAUGUAAAUAAUAAAUUAGCUAAAAAUUUAGGAAUCCUUUCAAAACUAAGAUAUUACAUAGAUCUGAAUAUACUGAAACAAAUUUGUUAUGCUUUAAUAUAUCCCUAUUUGAGUUACGGUAUUCUUGCUUGGGGCUGUGCCAGCAAAACCAGAUUAGAUUGUCUUCGUAUUAAACAUAAUAAAUGUCUCCGCACCAUCUUCUUUGUACAUCCUAGAGAGAGUGCUGCUCCCUAUUUCAAACUCCUAACAAUCCUUAAAUUAGAUAAUAUAUAAAUUAAAAAUAUGUUACUUUAUACAUAGAAUGAGAAAUGAGACCGAUAGCAUUCCAGAUAUUUUCCUUGAUGUCCUGACUCCAGCAUCGUGUAUAUACAAUCAUAAUACAAGAUUUGUCAGUAAUCUGAACUAUUUUAGGCCAAGAGUAUCCACCAACUUAGGUAAGACGUCCUUUAAAUUCUCCGCUCCAAAAAUCUGGGAGACUGUACCGCCUGGUCUCAAGUGUCUGCCAUAUCAUAAGUUUAAAAAAGAAUGGAAGUCCUGUCUUCUAACCAACCAAAUCUGACCUGAGUAUAUGUUUUAUCACUGAUAUUAUUUGAGAUUUUAUUCCACUGUUUACUGCUGCCAAUUAUUUCAAUAUGACGGUGUCCAAGAAGAAAGCUCUUGCUACUUUGGACACCGUACACAAAUGAACUUAAUAUCUUUUAGUUAAUUUUUAUUUGUAGCUACUUUAUUUUCCUACUAUGUACACUUAUGUAAAUAUCUUGUAUAGUGUGAAUAAAGAAUUGAAUUGAAUUGAACGCGAAUCGUUAAAAUUCGCGUUAAUUUAAGUGGCGUUAAUUUUGUUGAGUGUUAAUUUCCGCGACGUUAAUUAAGUGCAGCGUUAAUUUCCGAGCUCUUAAUUUCUAGUAUUUUAACCCCAAUUUUGGAAUCUGUCCAGACAUUCUUGACACCUAAAAAACAUUAACUACAUGCUUUCUUUCUUUCCAUUUACCCUUUAUUUUUCAUCUUUCAUAAAAGCUAAGGCGAAGGUUUACAAUAUUUCGAGUUCAUCUUCAUCGUUGUCGCUGUCAGAAGUGAUGUCAAUAUCUUCUCCUCUGUUUUAUUCGCGUUAAUUUCCUUUAUUAUGAAAUUCUACCUCCUCUUUCGCGUUAAUUUUCUUUAUUCGAAAGUCGUUUUCCAUUAAAUUCGCGUUAAUUUAAGUCGCGUUAAUUUCCAAUACCUUAAUUUCAUGGAGCGUUAAUUUCCUAUAAUAAGGUAUGUGAAAGGAGGAUUUGAUAUCAUGUCAAGUGUCACUAGGGGCAUUGUUCCGUGCACCCUUCAAAUUACAAAGAUUAGAAUAUGUAAUAGUUAUUAUUAAAAACUGAAUCAUUGGAUAAUACUAUUCUAGAGCUCUGAUUGGCUUCUAAAGCCAUCACGGUAUAUGAGCCCUUAUACGAUGCUCCCCAAAUAUGGUAACUGUACACGUCUGCUCAAAAUUAAAAACAAGCUGAAAAUUGGUUGUUUUUACAAAUAAAGUCCGGACGAAUUCUCGAUAUUUUGCGGGCGUUUUUAAUAAAACAAUAUUCCACUCGUGCUUGUUGUAUAUGACAUGAUUAUAGUCAACUCAUCCAACACGCACGAGUGGAAUAAUUGUUAAAUAUACCUGACCUCCUUACUGUCUCUACAGAGUACCCCCCGCUUCCCCUACAGUGAGUGCUGUACCCAAGUUCUCUCUUUUUUUAAAGAUUUAUUCUUUUCUCAUUUUAUAGAAUGCUACCCAAAGCUCGUGUUGUGUACUGUAGUGCAACUGGUGUGACAGAUGUAAAAAAUAUGGUGGGUGUAGAGUGAUGUAUUAUUAAUUUUUAUAUAAUUGACAAUAACGUGAUUUUCACUGAGUGUCAGGAAACAGCUUGUUACUAUUAAAAGGUAUCCAACUUUGCUUUGCUAGUUUUUCGCAAACAAUGCACUAAGUAAAGGUUGGCAUGUACCUUUAAAAAGUAUGCUGUACGCAGUCAGCAUCUUAUAAGAUACCACUGUACAAAGUUAAAACUUUAAAGUGAAACUUGAUCUUGUGACUUGAUUUUGUACCUGGGAACAAAGAUUUUUUAAGGCGAAAUACCGUCGGUUGCAUCUAAGCGUUGACACGAGACAAAAAAAAAACAUGUUCUAAUAGAGUGCCAGACAUGACGUGUUUUGCCGCCAAACAUUUGCCAAAGCCUUUAAGCCAAAGGUAAGUUUGUAGCCAACUGGAACAUGUUUUUUCCUCAGGUGUACACGCUUAGAUGCAGCCGACGUUAAUUAUGAUCGUCGGGAUAAGUGUACUGAACAGGACUGUUGUUGACAGUGAUUAACGUUUUGACAGGUCUUCAGGCCCUAUCCACAUGUAUCCGGAUAGUUUUGAAAACGGAGACUUUUUUCUCCAUUCUUGCCUCCAUCCACACAUAAACGGCCUUUUCAAAAACAGACCCAGAGUGGAGAUUUUUUAAAACGCCGGCUUCUCGUUUAAAGUGGGCUGUUGAAAACGGAGAUUUGUGAACACGAUUGUCAUCCACCAUAUACUACUAGCGUUACACAUGCUCUGUAAGAGCUGCUAUCGUCUUUCCAUCGUUGUAGGGUUUUCAUGUGGACAGGCAAAAACGAUUCAAACACGAUUCAUGUAUACGCCUAUUUUUUUUUUCAAAAUCGAGAAAAAAAUCCCCAUUUUCGAAAAUAUCCCGAUAGGUGUGGACAGGGUGUCAGGGUCAAAGUCAGUUGUAUCACGUCAGUUGAUGGUAUUAAACUCUGGUUCAAGGUACAUGAUUUCUAGGUACUCAGUAGAAGAGCACAAAGACUCUUGUUGCGUGAAGUUUUUAAACCCUACAAUAAUUGCUGAGAGAUUAUUACAGCAACCAUGUCUAGAAGCCUUAGGUUUCUGACAAUGGUCCCCUUCAGUCCAACGGUCAAUCAAUACAGUACACUGAUACAGUGAUUUGAUUAUUUCCAGGCAUUUAUGGAGAGACUUGGUUUAUGGGGAGAUGGAACAGCAUUUAAAUCGUUUGAUUCUUUUCUAGCCAGCAUAACUAAGAGAGGUCUUGGUAAGUGGCAUAGUUUUCAGCCUAGACUACGAGCAUUCUCUCUUUUUUCCAAGUCCGUCGAGCAAAACGCGCGAGACACGCAAAUGACCACGCGCAACGCUCUCUCGCGCGCGUACACUCCCCUCACUAAAUCUGAAGGAAAAGAGAGACUGCUUGCAGUCUAUUUUCAGCCCCAAUGAUCCACAUACAAAUUCUCUCCACUGAUCCCCCUACUUUUCCUUAAAGAAUUAGUUGAGAGAUUUAAAUGAUUAUUUUAUGAAUUCUCUAAACUUUUUCCUGUAAUGAUGUAUGGAUAUUUUUAGGAGAAAAUUGAUGGUAAUCACGUUUGGUACUCAGUGGGAUAAAGGGGUUAUAUCAAGAUGACUUCCAUAUUCUUGUCAAAGUUGUGCUGAAAUUGUAACUAAGUAUUCUCAGUCACCUUUUUCCAUACUUGGAACUCUAAAAAGAAAGCUAUCAAAUGAUUCGAUCUAAGCCAAGGGGAAGUAAUGGAUGUUCGUUUCUGGUCAUUUUUCGAAGAACUCCUGCCUGCCGUACAAUGCUUAGCUGUGAUAAGAGUGUUAAAGAUCUUAAGGUGCAGCGCGUCCUUGUACCGGCUCUGGCAAAUUACUCGAAACCUUAGCCUAAUUUAUGGGUAGACCACCUGUACUAUAACCGUGGAGAGACGGCUAGCUAGGCUAGUGGCUAGAACGGUGAUGCGCCAUGGUGAUGCUAUUACCACGUCUCGGAAAUCAUGGUCGCCUUUUAUAUAGCCUGUCUCAGGCUUUGAAAUAGUGGAGUGUGGUGCGAAGUUAGAGAACGGGAAAAAAAUAAGGACAAAGAGGGAGAGAGAGUCUCUCCUGAGAGGAAGGAAUUUCGCCCUCACUCCCUACCCCACUCCUCGCUGUUUUUCUGCACAUAUCUCCUUGCGUCGUCCUCACAAUCUGAACUCCUGGAACAGGAGCUUACACUUCUCCAUCGGCGGAAACGAUGUAUCUCAAGGUCAUUUAAAAUCUUUCCUAGGUGCUUCUGAAAUGUUAGCUAUGGAAAUGAAGGCAUCAGGGAUGUACGUUUCUAGAGGUCUUAGUUUCAGACAGGCUGAGGUAAUGCAUAAUUUUAGAAAUGGCAUCGUAAUUUUCUGUUGUAAGCAGAAGUUUUUCUAUCAUACUGAAAUAUAACGCUUUUUUUGCAAUGCUUAUUACUUCACUUCUGUUCCUUUUCUGUUAAUAAACUUUGAUAAUGUUUUUUGUCGCAUUUCUGCAGUUUGUUAAUGUUGAGGCGACACUGACUGCGGAACAGAGAAAGGUUUAUGACACUGCAGUUCACGUUUGGUACGUAUGGCAAUGUAAAAAGGGUAAAUCUUCGUAUUAACUGCUUUAAGUAGACCACAACUUGAGACGUAAUCAUUCAGUGGUUUCUUGUACCAGGGCUCCGGGAUUAACUUGUGUGAUUUCGUAGAAAUUGCACUCAAAACUUAUGCGUUUGUUUGAGUCAAAGCAAAAGCAAAACAACAAUCACAGUCGGUAUUCUAAGAGGUAACGGUUGUGUGUAUCUUUCACAAUCAUAGUGUGAAUAUGCUUCAGCUUUUUUUCCUUUUCUCUUUAAAGGAGCGAGUUAAAGAAGUCAUUAGAAUUUGCCAUUGGUCGCACCACCUCUUCUACACCAAGGGUGUGGUCAGUCUUUUGGUCCUGUCAUCAGCGGUUCUUCAAACAGCUCUGGUGAGUAUUUAAUCCCGUCUCUGGUCCUUUAGGGGCGGAUAUUACAACAAAGUUUAAACGUUAUUUAACAAAAACCGUUCUAACGCUCUUACCUUGUCAUCGUUUGCUGUUCACAUCAACAAGAAGGCGACAGCCUAAAUUAGAAAACCAUUUAUCUACUUAAAAUCAAUACCCUACAAACGAAUAAGGAGGCGCUCUGAUUUUUAGACCUCGUUUAAAUAGUCGACCUUAAGUUUCACCUUAACAUUUUUGCCUUCUUAUUUCCAGUAAUGUUGUCCUUGAUGCUAGUUCAUCGGCCUAUUUAAAGUUAUACGUAAGACUAAAUCGGUAUCGUCUCCAAUGGUACUGUGGGACUGUUUGCAGACGCUAUCGCCUUUUUAUUGGAUAUUACGAGGUUACGAGGGAAACUGGGUCAAAAUUCAUCCCCAGAACAGUCCCAUAGUGCAGUUCGACUCAACACCGACCCAUGUCCAAGCGAGGUUAAGUACAAAACCUAAAAAAAAGUAAACGAAUUUCAUUUGUAUAAGAAUUAAAAAAAAAGCAUUUUCAUAUCAAUGGCUUCGCACUUAGCCUCUCUUUGAAAUAGAGGCGUGAGGCAACUCGGAAAUGGCUAUAUUCGUGGGCCGCUUGGGAGCUCUCGGAACAGCUACCAGGAUUGCGUGAGAAAUUAAUGAAGAAGCAACGGAAACAAACCCUAACCCUGAAAUAGUAGAGCUACGUACCUGGUAGAGCGAAUGAAAUUAUAGUUUUUGAACGGCUUCGUGACAGUGGCAAUGUAACGUAAUCCAAGACAGUCUUUGAUUCUGGAUUGCACGCUGUGGAUUCCGGAUUUGUUAUCACUGGAACUUGGAUUUGGGAUUUCCAAUCGUUAGCGGGAUUACGGAUUCCAAAGUCCAGGAUUCCGGUUAUCACACGAAAAUUUUUCCUGGAUUCCGAAAUCCGGAUUACCUGAUCCUGGGCGGAUCAUUAUACGUUUCUGGGAAACUGCCCACCUACUCCUCCCUUAAGCUAACGUUUUGCCCUAAGUGAGAAGCAAGUGUUGAUGUUGGCUUAGGGGAGGGGUAGGUGGGCAGUUUCCCAGAAACGUAUAAUAAUCACAUGGGACAAUUUUGCCAGUAUCAUGUUCCACUUUAAGCGCCAGCAGGCAUUUUUACUUUGUAACCUUGCUUAUAUUGGGUCUGAUAACAGAUAAGAUGUAUAUGAAUAUUUUUACAGCAUGAGUAUGAAAGUUCCUACCAUAGUGGAAGAAGCCCAGCAAGCAUUGCAGGCAGGAUAUUGUGUGGUCAUUGGUCUCCAGUCCACUGGAGAGGUUUGUUUUCUCUUUCUCUCCAAUUUUUUUCGUAUCCACUCAAAAAGGGUUACAGUUUCUGAUGACAUAAAAAUUUCUUUAUUUCAAGGUCAGCCAGUGUUCAAAAAGUAAUGUUUGAGACACUGAGAACUUCUUGCAAAGUUAGUAGAAAGUACGUACCAAAUAAUUGUUCGCCCCUCACAUUGUAUAGAGAGUUUCACAUAACAUUGUAGGUUCUAUUAGGGGAUGCACUUGAUGCAAGGCUAUCGCUGCAAGUAUUUUAUGACCCUUAAGGACGUAUGUACGGUCUACGCAGUAUUUAUGUUUGACAAAACAAAAAAAUGGUUGGAUUCUAUCGAGAACGCACAAUUCGUCUUUAAAGAAUUCCUGCAAAUUGCUGGAUUUGGCCGCUGGAUGUAUAAUGGCCAUCGUAUUUUCCCUGCAAUAAUGUUAUUUCGUUGGUCCAGCAAUUCACCUGUCAAGGCGGAUUUUGUUCAUCUGGAAAGUGAUAGGCUACAGCAAGACUAUCAAUUUUGUCCAGAAGGCAUGAUCGACCACAGGUCACUAGAUUUCGUAGGUCAUGGGCCAUUUUUGAUAAUUUUACUCAGGUAUUGUUCAAUGACCGACGGUUAUUUACUUACUACUUAUAAACCGAGAGUGAGGUCGUUACAGCGAAGUCCCAGACCAAGGCCUUGAUUUAUUGACCGAGCGAUAGCACAACAGAACCAUUUUUCAAAUACUUUUUUAACUUAGAUAUAUGACCCUUCGAAUUGAACUCCAGAAAAAUUCACCAACAUUUGACAAAUUCAACGACAUGGAAUAACAGCGAGGAAUUUUGAAACAGCAUGAAUUCCCUUUUUAGGAGACGUUUUUGUUACUGUUGUUGUCGUCGUUGCUUUAACUCCUCAAUGAUCGUGAGAAAGUAGUUGCUUGAAUAGAGUUUGGCUUAAGUCAUUGUUUUAUUUGUCAGGCAAGUUUGGAAAGUGAAAUAUCACGGUGUGGUGGAGUACUGAAUGGCUUUGUCUCAAGUACAGAAGAAAUCAUUAGCAGGUUUAUCACGCAGUAUUUUCCAACUGAGAUAAUCAAAUCGGUGAGUAAUUCUGAACAACCCUUCUUAGCUGGUGAGAUUUAACUCACGCGAGUGCUUAAUUUCACGAGCGCUUUUGUUCUGGCUUUGAAGAUCAGAGAUGACUGAGGAUAAGUCAAGUUGACACCUCUCUUUCAGGUCCGUUCACUAAGAUUUUAAGUUGCCGGGCAUAAUUUUUAUGCAAAGUUUCGACGGAAAGUUUUACAGCUGGGAAGUUCUUUAUGUUCAUUUUUCCUUCUAUUUCCUAUGUAAGUAGCCGGGGGCCCUACUCAAAGUUUCCAGGGGGAAUUCCCCGUCCCGGACCCCUUAAUUACAUCCCUGCUCUUUCCCCUUGCGACUUCGGCGCCGCUGAAAAGCACUCCUGCGCUCUCAUUCCACCAGCUUUGCAGGUCAAUCUCAAGGAUGGCACAUCACACAACGAAUGGAUAAUUUUGAAAAUCCACUCUAUACUCAACAUCACUUAAAUGUAAUACACUUUCUGUAACCUUCAAAGCAGGCGUAUUUUGCAGGGUGACUGUUCUCCCGCCAUCUGGGAUAUUGAAACUGACAGAGAGUUCAGUCACCUAUUCAGUUGGCGUCAGUGAAAAAAUAAUUCAAGAUGGCGGACGCGAUCAGUAUACAUUUGUACCUCGAGGCUUUAGUUAAAAAAAUUGUUUGCUCUACAGGCCACACUUUCUGCCUUCCACAUUUCAAAGAUUUGAUGGUACUUCUCCUGUUAUGGUUCAUAAGCCACAGAAGUCCAGUCCAACAGUCUUGUUUACUCACUUUUUUAUUUUUGUUUCGGAUAAUGUGAAGUUUAGUAAAUUUUUUUAAAAAAAGAGAGAAAUCAAGGCUAUUAUGUUCUUUGUGUAGAAUGGCGAUGUUGUUGAAGAUCAGUGGAGUGUUCAGGCUAAAAAUCUUCUACAAGGUUUUGUCAAGAAAAUUAAUCUCCCAAUCAGGUUUGUAUCAAUGUUCUAUUCUUUAAAACCCUUUUAAAGAGCCUGUCUAACUAUGAUGAGCUAUUGCUGUUUUAGGUCAAUGCUGUGAAAAAGUCCCUACUUAGUACCUAAACCUAAAUACAGAAUACUCCUGAGGAAUUAUACAGAAAAUAGCAAACAAAUUUUUAAUCAUGGAGCACUAACCACUAUUUUUUUUUGGUGAUUGUUACAGGCAUAGCAUUAAAACUUGAACAAUUUGGUAGAACGUUUUCAAGUUUAAAUCCAUGUCCAUUCUUGCCAUCCGUUGCAACAGACGACAGAAGCCAGUUUCAGUACUUAAAAAUAUUCUUAAUUAACAAAUUUGCCGUAUUAUUUUUGGGAUUAAUCCUGGGUGGGGAUGGAAAGGAUCCUGUUAUGGACUACCAUACACUGUCUCACUCCACCCAGGUGUAUAAAUUUGGGUACCAAAAGAUUUAAUCCUGGGUGGAGGUGGGAGGGAUCCUGUUAUGGACUACAAUAUACUGUCUCACUCCACCCAGGUGUAUAAAUUUGGGUACCAAAAGAUUUAAUCCUGGGUGGAGGUGGGAGGGAUCCUGUUAUUGACUACUAUCCCGUCCAAGGAAGAGCAAAUAUAUUCCUAGUCGCUUCAUGCUAUGGAGAUCGGAAUGUGCUACGGCCAAAUGGGCUACCUGGCUCGAACGCAGACUUUACCUUCGUACCUUUUUGACUUAUUUUUGUCUCUAGUCCUCUUGAUGACCUUAUAAACCAGCUCGGAGGACCAGGAAAAGUAGCAGAAAUGACAGGCAGGCGUGGUCGCGUGGUAAAAACUGACAAGCAGCCUCAACCUCAUUACGAGGCUCGAGAAUCAGACAGCAGCGAUGUGGAUAGUUUGAAUAUUCAAGAGGUGAGCAAAGUAAUCAGAACUAAAUCUUGCGCCGUGUACUGAAUAAAAUGGUAGAAAAUGCGAUUUACAGUCGGUAAUUACAGUCAUCAGCACAGACGUCAUCCUCGGCCAAGACCCUGGAGCAGGCAGCCAGGUCGAAAACUUUCGUCGCACGACUCGUCGCACCGUUUCUGCCGACCUGACUGACUGCCCCUGGGUCUCCGAGGAUGAACUCUGCCUUUGUCCCUUACAUUUAAAAACAGGACCGUCGUUUCAGCGCGAGAAAGACAACCUAGUGCUUGCGUUUGUUAGUUGUACCUGGGAUUACAAGUUUUCAAGUGUAGUCCAACCUUAAAGUCUUACUCUAAAUCUGAACUCUUAUGCCUUAAAUUCAGGUAGCAAUCCGGUUUCGGAUCUUCGUUUCAUUCCCCAGUAUUUUUCGCUUUCGCUAUGACAACUAAGUCGGCAUAAAGCAAUUGCUUGAAGCUCAAGAACUGCCUCUUUAAAUACCACAGUUUUUAGAGAGUUGUUUGAGUAUAUCUGAACAUUCAACGUUGUUUUUUCGAUUGCAUUGUAUCGCAGAGGAACAGUUUUAUGAAUGGAACAAAACUUGUUGCCAUCAUAUCUGAUGCCGCCAGCACUGGUAGGUUCCCUUUGUAUCUUGAUUCGUUUGAAGUUACCUGGAUUAAACAUUGCACUUUUUAAAUUCUUUUAAUACUCGAAAUUUGAGGCAACCUUGAAGUUAUUUUCACACAAAGAAUCGCUGGCUCAGUGUCUGUUAGCGUUCAAUUGAGUUGCCAUUACUUGGAAUUUCGUGUAGAGACUUGAAAUUUAGAGUGAUGUUUCUUGACUUAAAGUGCUACUCAAGCAGGAAUAAAAGGUUUUCCUCCGGUAAAAGGAACCGCAAUAAAUAAUGUGUAUAAGUGACAAGACAAGACGAUAAUUUACUUGGGGUCGUAUACCACCUGGUACAUCGACUGUUUUCCAAAUGAUUUAAUAUUACAAUAUUCUGUGUGAUAUCAUUUGUAAGACUCAUUGAAUUACACAGGUAUCUCGUUACACGCGGAUGUCCGAGCAGCCAAUCAGUGCCGCCGUGUUCAUGUGACCAUUGAGCUGCCUUGGAGUGCUGACAAAGCUGUUCAGCAACUGGGAAGAUCACACCGGUCAAACCAGACAAGGUACAUGCACUGCCCAAACACAAACGCUCCUAUCCCUUUGAUAUAAGCUAUUUCCUAAAGAAGAAGGAAAUGGUUGCGCGCUGCACGUUUACCAUUUUUUAAUUGUACCUCCGCUUGAUUAGCCUUGUUGGAAGGGUAGCGUUCUGCCAAGCAGGUUUAAACCCGCCGUUUAAACCCAACACCAACCAGGGUCUUCAAAAAACUGAUCAUAUCAUGCUGCCUGUUAUCUAAGAUCUUGUCUCAGUCCAGAUGAUCUGAUAGUCACGUCAGUGGGCGGUGAUGUUAAUCCAUUGGCCUUGUCUUAUUCAUCCUUUCUUAACAAUUCGAAGGGGACGUAAAAAGAACCCACACUGCUGUUGGAGAAGAGAGUGAGAGGUAGACCUCUGUGGUGUGGUUUAUCUCUCACGUGGAAGGGAACUGUCACGGGGCACAAUACUUGGCUUCACGCUUUUGCGGUUACCCUGCCAAGAAUUGGACAGUCUAGUAAAACAAAAAAUAAAAUUCCUUGUGAUUAAAAAUCUGAAGGCUUUCCUGGAAUAUCACUACUUCCAUAAUAUCCUGUGUACAGCCGCCUUCUCCCCUUGGGAAAAAUCGGGAAAAGGGAGGGGGCGGCUUUACACAGGCUACUCCCAUGAUCACUUUUCUUUCGCCAAAAUCCCCUUUGUACCAUGGGAGUCAGAGGAGGGAGAUAUCACGUGAUAAUGUUCACCGUCUAAUUGGCGCGCUCGGGGGCUCCGCUUUUCUCCAGAGUUUUACUGGCUCUAAUGUUUUCUUUGUUUUGUUUUGUUUUUUUUAGUGGACCUAUCUAUAAACUUGUAACAACAAACUUGGGCGGUGAAAGAAGAUUUGCUGCGGCUGUGGCUCGACGGCUUCAGUCGUUAGGUAAUGUUUAA